AUGUCUGGACCGUUCCGCCUGAAACUCAACUGUAUUGUCUUGGGCGAUAAUCCUCGCCGUAUUUUCCCGGUCGACAUUGAGCGGACGGAGAUUGUUGGUGACCUCAAAGAGGUCAUCAAAGACAAGAAAAGGCCGGAAUUUGACCAUGUUGCCACUGACCGUCUUGAGCUAUGGAAGGUCGACCUGCCCAUCAACGAGAUGAUUGAGCAAAAUCUCAACAAUCUUACACUUGACCCAAUGAAAUCCCUAUCACCUGUGGAUGAAAUGGUAGAGAUUUUUCCCGAUGCUCCUCCGCGCAAGUAUCUGCAUAUUAUUAUCCAAUGCCCGCCUGCCGUGUCUUCCGGACCGCUCCGCCUGAAACUCAACUGUAUUGUCUUCGGCGAUGAUCCUCGCCAUAUUUUCCCAGUCGACAUUGAGCGGACGAAGACUGUCAGUGACCUCAAAAAUGUUAUCAAGGUCGCUAAGAAGCCAGAGUUUGACCAUGUUGCCGCCGACCGUCUUGAGCUAUGGAAGGUCAAGAUCGAUUGGAACAAUAUAGAUUUACGGAACGCGAUCAUAGACGGAGGCGUCGAGCUGCACCCGUUAACCGAACUGUCCGAUGUGUUUGCGGAUGGAAUAGAGCGCGGAUGCAUUCAUAUCGUCGUACAACAUCCUGCCGUUGCACGACAAAUUCCAGCUGUUGAUCGGCGAAUCGCUUAUCUCAAGAAGGGCGCGGGUAGUCCGUCGGCCGGAGCAAAACCAUCCGCAUUCUCUACGAAGCAGGACCAGCAAGAGUACCUUUGCAAUCGUCCUCGCAGAGCCGCGGACCCUGUUCCCAUUACUCUUCUCGAGCCUAUCUUUGCCGAGUUCGUGGAUGAUUGUCAAAAUCAUCAACCAACCGUCCGUGAUAACGACGUUGUUUUGCAACUGUCGGAAAAGAUGGCCUCCUUCUAUCCCAAUGAACUCGCGCGGAUGAAUACAUUCUGGCAAGUACUCCGGGACUACGGUAUUAUACUGAAUGCUUCUAUGGUUGGCUCGACCGGAUGUACGAUGGACGGACAUCUUUUGUCUACCAACGGACAGUUUGUGCUGAUGAUUAUUGAGGGGAAGAACGAGAUCGGAAGCGGCGCUGCCGAACCAUUUAUGGAGGCGAUGCUGUACUACCGCAAGUUUAUGGAAGACUCGAAGAUUGAGAUGGCGAGGCUCCGGUCUUUCAUUCCAUGCAUCCAUAUCAUCGUCUUCGGCUCUGUUUUCACUGAAAAAGUCCAACCUCCACAUGCAAGUGAUGGCAGCUCGUACUUUCGGGCUCUCAAAAUUGCCGUCGAGAAACUUACCAAACUAUACUCCCGUCCAAUCCCGUCCCUCGCACCCGAAGAUCCAUAUCUUAAAUGUCCUUACCCUCGGAGUUAUACCACUUCCACCGGUUUCAUUCAGCAAUUCUCAUAUGAUGAGAUUCAAAUCCUCAGGGAUCGACUUAUCUUCUUCGGGGAAACUGUCGGCGGUGUGGCUGGGAGCAAGAUAUGCAUGAAGUUUGUCAGGCACUAUUCCCCUCAUGCCCAUGAAUUCUGUGCCAGCAAGGGGAACGCCCCGAAAAUUAUCGCCUACAAUUCUUUACCUGGCGGCUGGAAUAUGCCGCUGAAGGAGACCAUCACCACUCUCAUCCGGGAGUUACACAAUCACAAUGACAGCUACGUUCAUGGCGACCUCCGAGAUACCAAUUUCGUUGUGCGGGACGACAAACACUUCAUGCUGCUCGAUUUCGAUUGGGCCGGACCGAUCCAGAAGAUGCAUUAUCCUAUGUAUGUCAAUCGGGAGGAUAUUCAAUGGCCUGACGGUGCGUGGGAUGGGCAGAAGAUUGUGGCGGAGCAUGAUUUGGAUAUGCUGAAUUAUCUAUUUCAUCCUGAGCAAGAUGUUCGGGAGCCAGCUGCAAAGCGCCGCUGUAUAUUUGGUGAAGGGUCGCUAACGGUCAUUUGA